AUGUGUUCGGAUGACAAGAACCCAGGUCUCAAGCUAAAAAGUCCAUGCAGACGUAUGCCAUGGAUGAUGCGAUUGGAAGAUCAAUUUAUUCCCGUUAACCAGCUUGGAGCAGCAUAUCAGAAAACUAGAAUAGACCACGGAAUGCGAUUGAACGUGAACUCUGACCCAAAAGUCGCUAGACUCACAGGAAUAAUGGUCACUCUAGGUGAAAGAAACUCCCACCCGAUGGGAAUUACGGACAUUGUUCUGGCUGGAGCGGAUAUGGUACGUAUGAACAUGUCUCACAAAGAACAGAAAUGGCAUGCUGUCACGGUACAAUCCAUCAGAGAAGCUGGUAAUAGAAUUCAUCGUUGCAGUCGUGAGGUAUUUCCCUUAGCAGUGGCUAUGGAUUUACGUGGACCAGAAAUUCGUACAGGAAUUUUUAAUGGGGCUGAGAAAUCGAUGGGCUACACAGAAUUAAAAGAAGGGAAUCUUGUGAAAUUGAUGGUAAAUGAUGUCAUGAAACGAGCCGGCUGUGAUAAAUGUUUUUGGGUGUCUUAUCCGGAUCUACCGCAAGCAUGUAAGACUGGGGACAAGAUUUACAUCGAUCGUGGUGCUGUUAUUUUAGAAGCAUGCUGUGUGGCCGAGUGUUCCGUCACGUGCAAAGUCUUAAAAGGCGGUAGUGUAAGGGAUGAAAAGUUGGUGCAAUUAGUAGACGGGGUUCCGGAGUUACCGCAGGUCUCUGAGCAAGACGAUAACGAUAUUAGCUUAGCAUUGGGCUUUGAAUGUGACCUUUUGAUAGUCUCCCAUGUGAGGGAUGGGCGCAUGAUAUGCGCUGUUAAAGACAGUAUCAAAAAAGUCGGAAUACACCCGAUUUGUGUGAUGGCAAAAAUUUGUUCUAAUCAAGGUAUGGAUGCUUUUGACGAUAUACUAAAAGUGGCAGAUGGAAUUGUAAUUGACAGAGCUGAAAUCGAAGUGGACAUUGGACCUGAAAAAGUAUUUUUAGCCCAAAAAUCCAUGAUUUCAAAGUGUAACAGGGUCGGAAAGCCAGUUAUCAUAGCUGUUCGAAUAAAGGGAAUCGAACCUUCAUACACAGAGAUGAAUGAUAUUUCGUGUGCCGUUCUUGACGGUGUGGAUUCCAUAUUUCUGGCAACAGGAGAUUUAAGUGUUGAGGACACUGUGAAAGUUAUUAAGAAUGUGGACAUUGCUUGCAGAGAAGCAGAAUGCGCACGGUGGCAGAGACAAAACUUUGAGGAACUCAGUUACAAGGCUUUGAUACCCCUUGAUCCAACACACUCUAUCGCUGUUGCUGCUGUUGAAACAUCGAUGAAGUGCAAUGCGGCAGCCAUAAUAGUAACAACAACAACAGGUCGUUCUGCAAUGAUGCUCUCUAUCUAUAGACCACGUUGUCCCAUUGUUGCUGUCACUAGAUACGGUGUUGUGGCUCGUUGGCUACAGAUGUAUUUUGGAAUACAUCCCAUUCAUUAUAGAAAUCCGCCAUAUCCUGAUUGGAGUAGAGAUAUGGAUUCAAGGAUACAGCAUGCAAUGAAUCACUCACGCCGUCAGAGAUUUGUUGGAGUUGGUGAUGCAGUUGUAAUAGUUAGUGGAUGGCGCCAAGGUGCAGGCUUCACUAACUGCAUUCGAAUCGUUUAUGCAUCACCAGGACAUAUUCCGAAUCAAUGCGAAGAUUCUGAAGAAACUUGGUGAAUUUCUGUACGUGCGUAUGACGUGAGAGGUUCAUUGUAAUAAUUUAUUCAUAGACUAUAAUUAUAACAUAAUAUGAGUUCUAUGUUUAUAGUUGGGUACAUACAUCCUAGACGUAUGUCAUUUGUAGUGUUCCACAACGGUGCAACCUUACUACCGAAACUAGCAUACGAGAAAGAAACAUAGUAGUAAUAAAAGUAGUAGUGGUAGUAAUAGUAGCAGCAGGUAUCUUACAUACGACGAUAUAAUUCACUUACGUGGACAGAUACACGCAAUUGAAGUGAGAAGACUUCCUGAAGCAGAUGGAUUCCAGCUACGUGUAUCGUGGCAGCAGUAUACCUAGCGACCAGCACUGUGGUGAUCACAUACUUAAUCCACAUUCCUGCAAAGCAAAAAAAAAAAAAAAAAUGCUUACUGAAAUUAGAAGCGAGU